AUCGAGUUGGAACUAAGUAACCCGGCGGUCUCGGUCAGUUUUCCAGCAUGCGGAGACAGACGUACAGCCUUAGCCAGAGACCGCCUCCGCAAGAGGACGACACCAACCUGGCGUCAGGGAACGAGGGCGGCUUCUUCGCCCGCGGACGAGAGUUCGAGAGCCGGUACGUCAACCAUCACUACACGGAGGCGGAGAGGGAAGAACUCGCCAAGUACGAGAGUCUGGACUACCUGCCCUCACACUCCGUCGUCUAUAAGAACUGGCUCAAGCGACAGGCUAACAGGUUGGACUGGGACCGGUGGGUGAUGAUGGGGAUGAUCGGGUUCACUGUCGGCUUCACCGGCUUCCUGCUACAUCAGGUCAUCGACGUGCUCGCAAAUCUUAAAUGGGACCAGGCCAGGCUGUACUUAGAGGGAGACCAGUUGCUGUUGACCUGGGGCUGGGUGCUCGGACUGAGUGUCGCUCUAGUCAUCGUUGGAUCUGGACUGGUCGUGUUCCUGGCCCCGGCAGCAGCAGGGUCUGGUCUCCCUGAGCUGAUCGGUUAUCUGAACGGGACCGUCGUGCACCAGAUCUUCAACAUCAAAACAUUCAUGGUCAAGUUCAUCUCCUGCGCAUGCGCCGUCGCCAGCGGGCUGCCGGUCGGACCGGAAGGACCCAUGAUUCAUAUGGGGGGUAUGAUAGGUGCCGGGCUGGGGCAGUUCCGGUCCGGUACGCUAGGGCUCCGACUUCCGUGCUUUUCGAGAUUCAGGAACUCUGAGGACAGGCGAAACUUUAUCUCGGCGGGCGCGGGUGCCGGCGUGGCCUCGGCGUUCGGUGCGCCUGUGGGCGGGCUGCUGUUCGCCAUGGAGGAGGUGUCCUCCUACUGGAACAUGAAGCUGUCCUGGCAGAUCUUCUUCUGCUGCAUGGUCGCCACGGUCACCACAGACCUCUUCAACUCCGCUUUCGAGGGGUUCGUGUACAAGGGCGACUUCGGGCUGUUUCAGGCCGAGAAGUACAUCAUUUUCCAGGUGAAGUCUGAGAUCGCGGUGAACAUCAUCGCCUUCGUCCCGGCGUUCGUGCUCGGCGUGCUCGGGGGCAUGCUGGGAUCGCUCUUCAACUUCCUGAACCUGAAGGUGGCCCGCUUCCGGCGGCUCCUCCUGGCCAAGGCCUCGUCCUACUGCGGCAAGAGACUUCUGCGCAUGGCCGAGCCUGUACUCAUCAUGAUCCUGAUGGCUACAGCAGCAGUCUUCCUACCUGCUGCCUUUGACUGUACUCCUGUGAGGUGUGAAGAGGCAGUGGUGACAGGAAACACUUACUCCUGUCUGAGUGAGACGUCCCGUCUGGACGUGGAACAGCUGUCAGAGGUGGAGACACACACAUGUCCGCAACCGGAGGGAAACGGAACAGAGUCUUUGAACGGAACAACCUACAAUCAAGUCGCCACCCUGAUGUUUGUUACCGGAGAGGAGGGUAUUCACCACCUGUUCUCGCGUGAGACCCACCGGCAGUUUGACUACGCGCCGCUACUGACGGUCCUGGCGAUCUACUUUACCCUGGCCUGCUGGUGUGCGGGGUCCGCCAUCUCAAGCGGACUGGUAGUGCCGAUGCUGUUUAUCGGCGGGUUGUACGGACGCGUGAUUGGCCAGCUGCUGGUGACGUUGUUCGGAGUGCACUACGCGGACGGUAACAAGUUCUGGGCCUGGAUGGACCCGGGGGCCUUCGCGCUGAUCGGGGCCGCCUCGUUCUUCGGCGGCGUGUCCAGACUCACCAUGUCACUGACUGUUAUCAUGAUAGAGAUCACGAAUGACGUUCAGUUCCUGCUGCUGAUCAUGGUGGCCAUCAUGGUGGCGAAGUGGGUGGGAGACUUCGUGACGCACCCGAUCUACCACGCCCUGCUGGAGCUGAAGUGUAUCCCCUUCCUGGACGCCGAGCCCGUCAUCAUGCACGACGGCGACGAACCGUUGAAUUUGGAGUUGCACUGUGCCCAGGACGCCAUGUCCAGCCCAGUACGCAUGGUACACCUUGUUGAACCGGUGUCGACCAUCGCCAAGCUGCUCCUGGACACCCCCCACGGCGGAUACCCAGUGGUACAUGCCGAACUUCCUGGGGAGGAACCGACCUUUUAUGGAAUGAUCACCAGAAUGGAGCUGGGUGUUCUACUCUUACAUGAAGAGAUCUUCGACACCAAGGAGCUCGUGACCGAGUCAUUUGACCAGGAGACCCUUUUGGACUACAACGUGGUGGCAGUGCACAAGCUCCAAGACCCAGGUGAACUGGACAAGCUACUGACAAAGUACUGCACCGACCCCAAGUACAGAACACAGUUUGUAAACCUGCAACCCUACGUCAACCAAUCAUCGCUCUGCGUCAGAGACAACUUCUCGCUACACCGGGCCUACGUCCUCUUCCGAACAAUGGGCAUGCGCCACCUACCCGUGGUGGAUUCUGGGAAUCAUGUGCUCGGCGUUAUAACCAGGAAAACGCUGAUGGGGUUCAGUCUAGAGGAACGGCUGACGUCCAAACUUCAAUCCGAACUAAGGCAGCAAACCAUGAUGAUGAACGGACAUGUCUCUCUCAAAGAGCUAACAGAGCAGAGCAUUGAUGCCAUGACCAAGGCGGAGAACAAGAUGGUCUUUUGGGUUUAGUCGAUGAAGGAAAACAUGUUGCACAUGAAUAAAACACAGUGACAAAAUAUGCAUAACUGAAGGAUUAGAAUCAGUCUAGUAUCAGUGCAGUGAAAAUAAUUUUUUGUAGAAAUCAGGACAGAAUUUUUACAGAACAACAAUUGCUGUGCUGUCCUUGGUGCUGAAUGACUCUCGCAGGUUGUAAACUUUGAUAUAUUUCACACCAGCGGUGCUAUACGUUUGAUUUCUAAGCAGCCAUCUUCUAGCUCUGUUGCUGAAGGAGCUAUACCUUUCGAUCUGUCUAAACAAGUAUCACAUGAACACUUUUAGGAUUAGAGCUUUCAAUGUUACUUUUCUGUAGUAACCAGCAUGCAUUAGUAUAUCUAGUAUCUGCAGCUGUAUCUGUAUAGCCAGUAUAACUGUCCCUCAGCGUAAUAACAUACGAGCUUCCGUAUCUGUAUAGCCAGUAUAACUGUCCCUCGGCGUAAUACACUAGCUUCUGUAUCUGUAUAGCCGGUAUAACCAUCCUUUGGCUUAAUCAAUGGUCCAGCUAACACAGCAUCUCUGUUACUGUCUCUCAGUAGUCCAAAUCUUCUGUUGGGAAAAUAGCUGCUCUGGUUGAAACAGGAAUAUUUAUUUACUAUAAUCCCUUUUG